UUUAAUUUGUACACAUUCGUCCGGUUGCAAUUUAAUUUUACAUUUUGCCAGUGUUGCUUUUCGACGAAAUACUCAAGGCUGUAGUUUAUUUAUCAUAAUUAUUUGGUAGUGUGUCUUGAGUUGCCUGGUGCGGGACGAACAUUUGAAUCAACUAGGAAUAUUUCUUAUUUUUUUCCAUCACGAUGUAUUUCAAUUUCAAUUGAUUGGCUGUUCAGAUGCACAUCAGUUUGAUGUAUGUAUAUAAGACCCCCAACCUCGCGCUACGGUGUUUUUGUGAAUAUUCAAUGACAAGAUUAUUAGAAUGUGUUUAUAGGUUUGCCGAACAGUUGCUGGGGUUAUUGUCAUCUCAAACUGUGGUGGCUAUUGAUCCAAACUCCCAGCAGCUGUCUUGUUUACUCGUCGAACGUAGAAGGUAAGUUUGUACUAUCAUUUUAUUCUCACUGUGUAGGGAAUUUACUUGCAUUUACCUAAAGUACCUCGUAUCGGCGAGGGAGUAAAUUUUUUGUGGCAUGUCUGUCAAAAUGAGUUUUCACGCAUCGCCCAAUUUUGGGCAAUUUCGAAUCGGUCCUUUUCCAAUUCAAAUUAGACUGUCGUUUUCUGUUUGCUUUUGCAGUUCGCUAUCAGAAUAGAAGCUGUCAAAGGCAGUAAUAAUAUUGACACGGGCCUUUCUCUAUCGUUGACACUACAACACGGCUUAAUUGAACCGAGUAAUGCCAAAGCCUCGCAAAGCAAACACGCUUUUCAUUUAAAGAAUAGCGACGGAACAUCACGCGACAUAUCUUAUUAACUGUGAACAAAUGUUAAAUAGUUCCCACACCGAGAACGAAAUGCUUCAAAAGCUCUUAAACUGCUUUAAUCCAGUUGUUUUGCCCCUUGUUUUUAUCUUUUUGGGAUUUUUCUGCUUUGAAAUAAUCCGGAAUUGAAAACCUCAUUGUUUUCAACAAGGGAUGUUGUGAAACGCUGUCUUGAAAUAUUAAACGCAGCGAGGGUCUGCCUUUCAAAUUUCCAUUAGCGGCCGAUGCUAGCCAUCUGCCAUGGCCACAAAUUAUGCACUUCAAUGUAAAUUCAAAGCUUUUCGCGGCCAUUCAGAAGGGCUUUUAGCAGCGGGAAGUCCGGAUAAUUCAAAUGAGAUCGAAAUUAACGACUGCUUCGUUUUGAUUGGCUAUUGUCUCGCGCGGUUGGAUGUAUCAAGCGUGCGCUAAUUAUUAUGAUUAAAUUGUCACAAAGCUAGGCGCUGAUUGGCCGAGCGCUCCAAGGGAGUUUAUUUAGUUUGGGUAAUCAUUUUUAGUCCACAUUCAAACACGCUGCAGGGGUUAAGGCUUUACGUUGCUUUCAUCUCCCAAAAGCAGAUGCUCCUACCGAAAAUUAAAACCUCUAUUAAAUUCAACAAAAUUAACGCCAGUUUCUCACGUUGUGGUUUGCCUCAAACUAAAUGAGUGAUUAAAGCCGAAAUCGUGAAUUCAGGCUCGAUUCUAGAACUUCGCCAAGAGCUAGCAGAUGCAUUUAAUGUUUAAACAAAAACAAUGUUUACUUCGCUUUGCAUAUCUUUCACAGUUUGACACUGACAGCACAAAGGAACUCCAUUUUUAAUGUAAAAAACAGGAAAAUUAUCGAUUUUCGGCAAAUGGACGGGUUUAUACUGUUUGGCCGGCAACGCAUAGAGGUUAAACGUACUGGGGUAGAUCGCAUGUAAGUGUAACAUUAGCUUAUCGAAAAUGUUUUUACUCAAUCCAAGGUGUGCGGAAACAAAGGCCAGUUGACAAGUUCGUAUUUUGACAGGUUUUAAUUGAGCCUGUGCGGGGAGGGGAUUGGAUAAAUCCCUGUAUAAGAUAUUUGUAAGCAACCCCGCUGGAAACUUGAGCAUAUUGAAAUCUCACUCGCUCACUUGCAGAUCGCACCGAGAGAUACGGUUGAGUAUUCUAAAAAAAGUAAAAAGUAAGUAUAAUAUUCAUUAAUAUGAUACACGGGGUAAUAAUUCGAGGGUCGUAAUAAAAUAUCGCCCGCGUUCGCAUUGAUUGCUAUGUUGUAUUUUAAUAAUGCCCGUGCGGAAUGUUGUGACUUAUCAGGUGUAUUUUGAAAGGUGGGCAACCAAAAAGCCAUAAAUCAAAUCAACUAGUUUGCCAUAACAACCUCACGUUGAGUCCGUUAGAUGGUAAGGUAUUCUAGCAACGGAAAGUACUUAUUCUAGUGUGUCAAAAACUGCUACGAGCCUGAUUGAUUGUGAUCGAUUACCUUUCGUAACGACUGCAUUAUUAAUGCACUGCGCGAUAUUAAACACGCAGCGCCUCGUUCGUACGACAAGAAAUAUUAACAGUGGGAUUAAUUAAUGGAACCCGAGACUUGGGUAUAUUGCCGUGCUUAGACUUUGUGAGUGUUCAUGGUAUCAACAUCGGGAUAGAGCUAAGGGCAUCAUACGCUACCUCUGGUUGUCACCUUAACCGCCGAUUAUAGCGUGUAAAGUCUCUACGAGUGCGAUAUUUAAGAGCAAAUAUCGAGUCGUUUGGUAUAUUAGCCUAGACGGAAACUCUUGAAGAUAUAUUAUACUAUGUUUACGAGUGUACAUCGUUCAGUAUAGUGAAACGACGAAGUUGUAACGUGGCUAAAACUUUCGACAAAAGUGGCUUAAAGGCAUUUUCAAAGGCAGAGUUCGCGCGGAGUAGUGAAAACCAACAAUCAACUAUGGUGCCUUCGUUUUGGUAAUGUCUGCUAUUUGUGUACUGUUACUACAGAUUACGGCAAAAUUGUGGUGCUACAAUCAUUCACCGUAUCCUUGUGAGCGAAUUAAGUCAUUCUACUCAUUCCCAGUGUCUAUAAUACGCAGACACGGUAGACAAAAGCGCUUCAAAUUCGAUCCGGACACGGCUUUGCACUCAAGCAAAUCCGAAGGGAAACGCGGCCGUGGCCGUGAAGCGCUCCGAACCAUCUGUUGCGAAUGCGUUUAUUUAGCACUUGUAAUGGACAUUCUUAUUAAUCGUUCGCGUAUAUCUAGUGUUUUUACAAGGUAUUUACUGUUACAACUACUCGAGUACGUAUGGCGCCGACUGUUCUGGGCAACUACGACAUAAGCCGAACACAUUUUCAACAACUGGAGUCGUUUUAGCUCCGUGUUGACAUACGAGAAACCAAGCAUAAGUCGGUCGGGAUUACAACCACUCGCUUUAUAGGGAUAGUAGCACUCGCUGUUUUCUUAAACGUGAUGUGUUUGUUUGGUUUUAGGCACGACUGUGAAGCUUCGAAAAGCAUCGAGUUCAAAGCGUGAUUAUUCGCAAGUGGCAGCGAGAAAACAAAGAGCUCGCAGAGGCCUCUGUAAACAGUGUCAGUGAUGGCUGUAUUUAUGACCGCAUGGUUCUUUUAUGGCUCACUAUGGAUCAUAAGGAGUUUGAUAUUGGUCAACUGUGAAGGUAAAUUACCGUAUCUAAAGUUAUAACGUUACUAUAGUAUCGAUACUUUGAUACAAAUCAGCGUGUUUUGUUGCGGACAGUGGCGUGUGAAAUUUGAUCGCAUACGGUAAUGUUUGUUUGCGAGAUUCGCUUUGGAAUGCAUGUGAAUUACGAGUAUUUUUCCUCGUUUGCCCUCCUUAAAGUUCCGCAAAAACCUUUUUACCUCUAUUGACAAAGAACUCGACAAAGUCCUCAGCCUAAUUAUAGCGACUGAAAGGUGUUCCACUUCAAAUUGCUAGGGCAAAAAAAGGUUCUUUUCCGAUUCACAGUGUAUAUCUGUGCAUUUGCCAAUAUGCUUUCUUCAUUAAAACAUGUGGUUUACAGCCUUCGGGCUUGCUUAAAACUUCUGUUGCUUGCAUCGCGUUUUUUUGCAUUCUACGGUUUAAUUUGUAUACCGGUAUAACGGCACAAUCGCAAGAUAUGAAUGAGCCAAUAAUUGGUAGAACGAUAGGGCCUUCGAUAUACAAAUCUUCCGUUGCGUGCAUAGAAGAUUUAUGGACUCUUGACAGGACAUGUUGUGCUUCGAAUUGAAUCUUUUCCGGAAACAGAAAUAAUUCGAAAUUGCGCGGUGUAUUCUAAAUUAAACAUCGGAAUAGAACAUUUGUUACAUUUCGAUUUCCAUGUACACUAUAUUUAAAAGGUCUAACUAGGGUACAAAAGCGGCAGAGGCUUACACAACAUGGAGCAAAUUUUGGCCGCAAGAGUUCAUAAAGCUUUCUGCCUUCUGGGCAGAUUUAAUUUGUCUCCUAGUGUCUUGCUUCCUAUAUGAAAGUCCAAGAUUACGUUAGUGUUUUGAAAUCGAAUUUGAAUUCAAACGAUAUUCUAACUGUUCCAUUUCAAACAAGAAUACAACGUAAAGACUUAAGUUACUCGCUUUGUUUGUUUGGCAUGAUUUUAGAAAGCGUUCGCUGCAUAUGUUUUAUUCUUCUUUUAUGGUGUUCGGUUUGAAACGAAUAUAUGGCUACCAAUAAUGUUUUUCGGGAAAAGUGUGUUUUGGUUUAGUUGCUCUAUUUUCUUCUGAGUUUCCGGCGAAGUUUACAGUAAUAUAUUCUGAGAGAGUUGUUAACUAAGCGUAAAUUAACAAAUUGCCUUCAGUUAAAGUAAAGAAUUUGCGUGUAUAUUUCGGUAGAAUAAUAUUGGAAGAAAUAUGGAGAUUGGAGUACCGGGGUUGCACUGAUUUGUGGUAUAGUGUUUAGGGACAUUGACAUUGUGAGUCAAACAGCAUGUUUUUAUCUCUACAUCAAUCGAGUGGGUUUCCAUUAAUAUUUUCAAACACAUGAGAACCUAGGCAAUUGGUAGCUCACUUUUGUUCGAAAGAUGAAUCUUAGACUAGCUACCUAAAUGUGGGUAGUUUCUUUGCAGGGAUUUUACCACUUACGUGAGGAGGGAGCAUGAGCCCUAUGCAUUUCGUGGAUAAUUCUUUAUGUCAUUACUUGUUAUUAUGCGCGAUUAUCUGGCCAUGAUAUCGAGUUUAGUCGUUUUGUAAUCUGAUUUUCACACCACGUCGGGUCAAACCGUUGACCGCGUAAUUCCCAUGGGAGUUUUUAAGGAACAUAUGCUGGAUGAAAGGAUCAUCCAUCCUUGAGACAUACCCCAAGCAGCCUUCAAACUAAAUCAGCCAUACUUAAUUGUAUUGCGUAUUAAUAGAAGUACAUUAGUAUAUUUAGUAGGCAUUGUCCACGACCAAUAAUACUUAUUUCCAUCAGUCACGCGAACUUUCCCAAUUGUUGAGAUAAAAGCCGCAUUGAAUUCGGGCUUUUUGAGUGAAACCUUCUUGAUUUCGAAAACAUUUUUCCAAAUUGUUGACUAAAAUUGAAAGUUCUAUGGGGGAAGUUAAGAUAUGGGGAACAGGUAUUCCGUUUAGAAUUCAUUUCGUGACAACACUGAUAAUGGUCAUAGUUUGUGUGUUUAAUACAUUCUUUACUGUCUGCUCUGCAUUUCAAGGACUGACACGUUUUAAGUGUGUAAAUAGAAAACAUAAAAAGCAUUUAUUUCUAACAAGUUUGAGUGGCCAUGCAUUAUCUAAGUGUUAUGGGGGACAUCCUUAAUAUUUGCAAUGUGAAUGUAGGAUCCAUCAUCGUUAAUGUUUGCCCACAAUUUAUCAGACACUAUAAUAUUGUUUGCAUAUAUAGUGUUUUCCUACACAAAAAUGACUGCGCAUUAUACUGUAAUCAAAGUAAAAUUCUGCUUAGUUUGUGGGCUACUGAGACAUUUACAGCUGACAUUGAGUGAAAUGUAUAGAAUUAGGAUGAUGAAGUGCAUUGGUAAUAAUAACAUGAGGCACAUAACUACAGAGACCCCUCAAGCAUGUCUACAGCAAUUAUAUUAUCAGCCAUAAAUGGAUACUCCGUGUAUGCAUAGAUAUUGGCCCUAUAUUCAAUUCAUGCACAUUCUAUGCUGAAUUUGAAUGAUUAAGAAGUGAAUACCUGAAAUUGAAGAUUUUUAAAAUUAUUGAAGAUAUAUGGUAAUAUUUAAGAUGUGCCAUUUAUAAACUUUAAAAUUGAACUAAUGGGCACCCACACAGUGAAUAACUAAUGCGAAAAAUUUAUGUAGAUUGUCUGGAAUGGAUUUUAGAAGGAUCUAGUUUCAUUUGAAUAGAAAUCAGACAGCAGAUAGCAGUUGGUGUAUUGGCCUUUAUAUACAUUCACGUCUGCAGCAUGUAAAAUGUGAAUAGGCAAAAACAAGCCAGCAGUAUGGCUGAAAGUAUGUGACUCAUAGUUUUCACUGCAAAUUGGUGUAUGUGAAACAAUUUAAGUUUUGGUGUCAUCAUGAACGUGCAUGCAAAGUACAAUAAAAUAAAUUUAAAUUCUUCCUUUACAAAUAAGGUUGAAUUAUAAUUGGAAGGUUUUAAACGUUUUUGGCCUGAGUCACUUUUGCCUUCAAGCACUGAACACAUUAAUAUUUAGACUAUAUAACUCUGUAUAACUAUAAAGCACAAAAUAGAUAAACAUGGAGGGAAAAUUGUAUUGUAUUGUACAAAGAAAAUACAAGUCUUUUCCAGUAUUUUAUUUCAAAUUGUGUUGAGGUGAGUGAUCACUGAUCAGUCUACUUUCUACAUACCGCUUUAUCAAUAAUCAUUAGCAUCAAGGAUUUUAAAAAAUCAUAUAUUAUAAUAUAGUCAAAACAUAAUCUAAAUUGAAGACCACCUAAUCUUGAUCAAUACCGAGAUACCAGAAAAAUAAUCUUCCUAUGUAAAAACAAAAUUGCAUUUAUAGGAAAUGAGAAUUUUAUUUUAAAAUAAACAUGGCUGUUAAAUGUUAAUUCAUACCUCGUUUAGAGACUGUGGUGUCAAUACACGUGACAAAUCACUGAAAAAUAUCGGGCUGUACACAUCUGGAAUUUAAUAUGUUUAAAACAGAAAUUAGUUUAUUUGAAGAUGGGGACAGUGAGUCAAAAUUGUUGGUGAUUAAAGCAAGAAUUUACUGCAGUGUUAACACACAUUUAAACAUCAAUGAAAGCGUCAUUACCAUAGAUAUCUAUAAUUGAAUAUUCUCGAAACAUAACUUAUUGUUUACGUUAUAUCUUAUACGGAAUUAUAUCCAGUUGUAUACAUCAAAAUAUAUUCAUUCAUGUUUCAUUUUAUACAGACGGCUACAAUACUUAUAGUUAUGCACAUUCGGACAGCAUUAAAUUAAAAACGUUCAUUAUACUGUAUAUAUGUAUAAUUCAGUAUUUUCAAAACAUUUUGAGUUUUCAAGUGCAGUCAACAUUUCUGUUGAAUCUAAUUAAUUUUAACCAAUGGAGUAGCAACACGCUCCCUUAAUGGGUAAAAUCGUCUGGCAUUAGACAGAGUAAAAUACUAAAGCAGGGCACAUUGCCACUUAAAGGGUUGCUUUAUAAUACACGUUCAAAGGUCAUUUAAAAAACAGUGCUAUACAUGCUGUAAAUAAUUAUGUUCAAACCAAAUGAAUUUAUUUUAAAUCCUUGCUAAAAGAACUUUAAUUAAAAGUCAGUAACUUUAAUAGGAACUUUAAUGGGAGCUGUAGAACGAUUUAAUGAUUGAGUACUUCUAUUAAUUAAGGAGAUACACAUACUAGGCUGCCACUGCCAGCCCUUUUGCACCAAUUUAGGUUAGGCCUAGUAAUAUUCAGUUUUUUCUCUCAAUGCUAUUGAGACUAUUAACGUGACUGACGUCAUAUCUAUCCCAAUAAAAUUAAAGAUGCAUGUGUGAUAGUGAUAUUGUGGGUUUUUGUGCUGUUUUGUAAUACCAUUUUGUUUUGAACAUUCUUUAUUUUAUAGACUAAAGCUGUACUGCAAUAUUAUACUUGUUUAUAGAAACUAGUCAAACUGUAGAAACUAGCAAAAGCGUAUGAAAACAGACGCAAAUAGACAUUAGUUUUAAGAAUCUAUUCAUGAAGUAUCGUGCUUGAAUUAAUUCUCGACCUCCCUGCAAAAUUCAUUUCCCAUUUUACUCUUCUUUUACCAAAAAUUAAGUUAUAUCACAAUAUGUAAUAUUGCAGAAUCUUAAUUCAUGAAGUAUCUUGGAUUCUUGAUGAAUUAUUUCCCCACCUCCUAUAGCCUGCGUGGCAAUCCCUAAAAAAACAGGCUGCUGCGCAGGCUACCCACUUUCUUGCAAAAUCAAAUUUUGCAGAGGGGAGAGGGAAAUCUUUUUCAGUAUCUCCCAAUUAAAAUGUUUGAACAAAAGAUAAAACAUGAAUCUUGCUAUCGACCUAUCGUUUUUGUUGUAACUGUAAAGUAUGUUUUCCGGAAAGUUCUAAUCCGAAUCAAACAAAAACAAAAUUUUUCCUCCCAUGCAGAUUUAGAAAAUCCAAUUUCAAGAAUCUGGAAUCCAUUAUAUCAACUUUGGGCAAAACAAAACAAAAUGAAUGAAACAGAAAUAGAAUAUCAUAUUUUUACUGUAAACAGUGUAAUUGACAUUUGAAAGCACCCCCUUGCUGUUCGGAUAUUUUCACACACAUAAUUGCUUCCGUCGUGCUUUUCCCCAUUUCCUACAGUAACUAUAUCCGUGUUUGAACCAUAGAAACUCAAGUACUCUGUGUAGGCAGGGAUAAAAAAGUGUAUCAUCGUACUAAAAUUAACUAUAACUACUAUCCAGAGUUCCUUUAUAUGGUAUUUUGCAACCAUAACAAAAACUGUCACGUAUUUUAAAAGUUAAAAUAAUUUUAUAUCGCAUGAUAUAAAAUAGAAUGAUUUUAUAUCACAUGAAUCCUGAUGAUGACUAAAACGUUUUUAGAGAGAAAAUUAAUUUAUGAUAAUUAAUUUUUUAAAUCUUAAUCAAAUCUUUUGAAGUGAAAUUCCGAUUUUUCAAUCCAAUAGUGAACUUAUUUCAGUCUUGCGGGUUGGAAAGCAGUCUUGAAAGUGUUGAAAUCAGAAGAUGGAAAUUUUUCAGUUGUUUUGAGUCAAUAUGCUUUGCUGACUUUUCAUUUGAAAAUGUACAUCAAAACUAAUAUAAUACACUUUAUCUGUCUAAUAGUUCUCCAGUGUUUUGCAUAAUACUAUAUUUACAGUAUUUCGUAUAAAUAAUGCGAUUCCCACUUGAAUCCUAUAGCUUAACAAUUCCGUGGUUUUGCGAUCAUUUUUCAAUUUCUUGUUUUAAUUUAAUUUGAUCUUAAAAUUCGAAAAUAUAGUUUGUUCUUAAUGAAUUAACAAGAGCUAAAUCCACAGGCACAGAUGCGUAGGUUUAUUAAAAACUUCAAAUAACUGUCUUAUAAUGAAGUGUCAAUUUCAAAUUAAGAAAUUUAUUUGGACAUCAUACAUGUGUUGCAUGUGUAUUAAAAUUUGUUAAUAAAUCAUUUUCUUCUUUAUUACAUUCUUUUUCAAAUUUGUUUGUAAAAUUUUUCUAAUUUAAUUUUCACCACUUACAUUAGAACAUUUUUCAUUUUAAACCUUUUGGGUGGGUGUAAAUAAAUAUUUAACUUUACACAUGAACACAUUACACACCAUUUUCCUUGUCAACACCAGGUCAUUUAAUAUGCUUUCUCAAAAUGGCGAAGACCUCCGACUCCGGUGGGUGGCGGGGUUUUGCUGAAGUAAAUAUUUCCAAAAAUGUCUAUAUUGGAAACUCUGUUCCGGGGUUUAGAAUUCUUUUCACCCUGUUUCACAUAUGAUAUGAAUGGCAUUUUCGUAAAUUAAAUUAUGCCAACAAUAUUGUGACAUUUUUUUUCUGUGUUGGUGUUGUCAGUUAUAAAAUCACGGAAAUCGUGAUCGAUACUCCUCUUUGGAAAUACAAAUUUCACAAGGUGCAAAUAAAUUAGUGGUCCAUUACCAAAAGAUCUUUCAGGUUACAACUUGCAAAAGAUUUCUUUCAUAUUCAAUGAGUACUAUAAGUUUUAUGUAGGAAGUACUUAGGCGUUGCGAGUCUCUUUAAAUACAUUGAACAAGAAUGUCAAGUAAAGAAAGACCCAUGCAAUUAUUCAAUGAGUACUAUAAGUUUUAUGUAGGAAGUACUUAGGCGUUGCGAGUCUCUUUAAAUACAUUGAACAAGAAUGUCAAGUAAAGAAAGACCCAUGCAAUUAUUCAAUGAGUACUAUAAGUUUUAUGUAGGAAGUACUUAGGCGUUGCGAGUCUCUUUAAAUACAUUGAACAAGAAUGUCAAGUAAAGAAAGACCCAUGCAAUGAUGCAAAGUGAUCUAUUCUCGAGUAUAUUGGUUCAUUGUAUUUCAAAUAACCGUGUCGUAUAAGUGGGCCUUAAAGAGAUAUUGCCAUGAUUACAUUUUGUUUGGUGCAAUUAUGCUGUUGAUAGGAGCCACUUUCAAUAUCAUUCACGCGGGUAAACGGAUGGUAAACUGAAUACCAAAAUCUUAUAACUAAAUGUAUUCAUGCUAAAAUAGUAACUGAUCUAUCAUUUCUGAGACUGUUCGCCCAUUGACCAUUGUUAUAAUGAUGGUCUCGGUAUAGAGUCAAACUGCGAAAACACUCUUUACAUUUUCGUAAGGCGAAAUUCUAACCUUGAAGUGAAACCAUUAUGCCACCAACAACGUGAGAUUCCUUAAUCUAUAACUAUAAGUUAUAAUCUUGUUAAGAAACGACAAAAUCCUAUUGCAAACGGUAAUUUCUUUACAUAUAUUUAAAUCUUUAUUUACCAUUAUUCAAUACUACACUAUAGCAGACCUAUAGCAAACUAUCUUCUAAUUGCACGCCAUGGUCAAUGGUCAUGGAUAGAUAAUAACAAGCUAAAAUUUUAGUGUGCCAUUUACUCUUUGUGACUUUUGAUUUUGAAGAUUUUUUACGGAUCGUUUAAAUUUGCCAUUAAUGAUUUUAAUUAAUAAAUUAAAGUAAAUGUGAUAAUUAAAUUAAUAAUAAUUCAAAUUAUCAAUAUUUCACAAAUGGGAAUUUCACAAUUGCACUUUUCCAAUUUUUGUGAUAAAAACAUCUAAGUAUAGUUCAUUAUUUAACGCACCGGAAAAUUCCUGACUUAAAUGGAAAAAUAGCUCGAUUGAGUGCAUUCUUAAUUUCCACCCUAUUGAGAAAUCUCAUGCAGCGUUGAAUCGUCGUCAAAUUUUUAGCAUUUUAUGUAUCUCAUUUCUUUCCGUCCUAAUGGAGUGUCAAUAGUAACGUAUAGCUAUUCAAGUUUUCAGCAUUUUAUUCAAUUGAACUGUGCGUCAAUUUCCCAGUAGGGUUUUCAGACAACAGUAGACAUUUUUUCCCACUUUGGCGCUUGAGUGUUGACGGGUGAUCUAUCAUCUGGGAGAAAGUCUCGUAAUGCUAUGUCCACAUUUUGACAUGUACAUUAGUUUGGUAAAUUAAAAGGAUUCCAUACUAAAUGUGGCGCCUUUUUGUCAAGCAUACAAGUUUCUGAAAUUAUAUCCGAUUAUUUAGCUUUUCCUUGUAGGAUAAAAUUUCUCGCUUCCUGGGUAUCUUUUAUCAAAAAUAGACAGCAUAGGUGUGGGGGGCUAGGAUCUAGUUCCUGUUACUGUACAAACGUUAUAAGAAGGUACAAGAAACUCGAAGCGAAGGAGAACUCUUGCAUAAGGCUCGUGAUAUAUGGAAGGGUGUAAUUUUAAAAAAAGGGUUGAACAAUAUAAGCCGGACAUGUCGAAGUUUUGUCUGUUUACAUUCUUCAACCAUGUACUGUAACAGGACAUUUUUAACCAUGUAUAACCACUGAGGCAUUUACCCCCAUUAGACCCUUUGCUCACCCUAGUCAUAGAUUAUAGAUCAUACCAGAUGUCUCACUGUGUAUCUAUCCCUAUGAUUUUCGUGUCCGCGAUUUUCGCCAGGCUAUCACGCCAAAUGACGCGUGCGACACGUACUGCCAAAAUGGCGCUUACUGCCAAAAUGCGUGAUUGCUCACGUUUCAUGGCGUGGAUUACACUUACUGCCAAAAUGGCGGCCAACGUUUGCUUAUAAAAAAUCACGGACACAAUUUUUGCUGAGUGAGACAUCUGGUACAAUCUAUCAUCUGUGCCCUAGUAGUGAAGCAAGAUUUUCAGAUGAGCUGGGCCCUAUAUCAAUAAAAAGGCGCUCAACCUCGGUACGAAAACUGCUUAUACCUGUCGUAUUCUCUCACAUUCUCAACAUUCCGUGUUAUUUAUUAACUACAUGCAUGGGAAAAGGCCCCUUAUUGAGAUUUUUCCUAGUGGUUGCAAUUUCUUAACAAAUGCCCUGUCAGCAAAUAGGAAUAUUUGUAUUUAAAAAUUAGAGUAAGUUACAAUUUUUUUUCGUAGUGGUUGCAAUUUCUUAACAAAUGCCCUGUCAGCAAAUAGGAAUAUUUGUAUUUAAAAAUUAGAGUGAGUUACAUUUUUUUUUAAAAUGUCCAUGAACCAUUUUACUUCAAUGCAAUCAGGUAAAACCUGUAUGUUUGUACAAACAUAAGCAUGCGCGGCAAGCUUGUCUAAGAUCUUUUACAAUACCACCCAUAAUGCGUCAAAAUCUCAUAAUGGGCUACGUGUGAAAGGGGGUAGUCUUACUGGCACCACAGUUAAAAUUGUUUAUGCAAGGUCAUCAUAUCAAAUUUAUACAUUAAUUUACUGUACAUUGUUAUAGCACCAUAAGCCAAUUUGAAAUUCUGCGAUUUCUUUUUAUUGAAUUUAAACAUUUACUACUAUAUUGUUGCGUACCAACUGAGCUACUGCAUGCCUAUUAUAGCACCUUCAAAUACAGGACAUGAACUGAUUCAUUGACUACAUUUAUGAUAUUUUCUAUAAAAGCAGUUCCUAGAUAUAGCGUGAAUCGAGGUCACAAUAUGAUCCAAUUUAGGUUAUGGUUGGUCUCGUGCUCGGGAAUUUCUCUCUAUCUUAUACAGGGCUCCUUUCACUAAAGGCUUUGAGAUUUCAAUGUCACUACGUUUUAAUCUAGUGCAUAGACAUAAAAGUUGUCACAACGGUUUCUUUAAAUCUUUAUUCUCAUUAGUAUGUAUACAGGUGGUAUUGUUGCAGCAUACAAGUUGUUUCCACACACUGUUGCACGUGCCAUGCAUUACAGCACAAUGACAGCAAAAAUACGAAGAAAUAUCGACAAAUUAUGAUGAAUCUGUACUUUUUGAUACACUAAAAAAACAAAAUACUUAGUGAAAAAAGCAUAUAAAUAAUAAAUCGCAUCAUAAUGAUGGUAAUUCCUACCUAGUAUCUACUUGACUGAAUUUUUAACGACAUGCAUGAGGACUAGCUUCAGUCUUUUAGGUGGAAAACAAUCUGGAAUAUUCAAAAAUAUCUUCGUCUUUCUGUUGGACUGAAGGGAGGAGAUUUUUUAGGAGGCAAUGAUAUAUUCCAACGAUGAAGUAGUCUUUUUAAAAUUGCUAAACAGCCAUAUUGAAAUAAAAGUCCUUUAAUUACGGAUAUGAAUAUUUAAAAUUGGUUUCCUGAAACAAAUUAAUCAUCACCACCUAUAACUCUUCGUUUAGACAAAACAUUCUCGCUCUCCUAGCGAGAUUUGUACAUUGAAAUGGAAAGUCAUUUAAUUUCGGACAUGAUCGUCUAACAAAAAUAUUUUGAAAUCGAUUUCCUGGAAUAAAUGCAUCAUCAUCACCUAUAUUCUAUUUAAAUUAAAUAUUCUAGACAAAGCGUGAUCAUUCCCUCUCCUGGCAAGACUUUUUGCAUUGAAGUCGUCGAGGAAGUCGUUUCCCUGAAAAAAAUUAAUCAUGACAACCUAUAUUUGUAACGUCUCCUUUCGUAGACAAAACAUGAUUACUCGCUCUCCUAGCGAGAAUAUUUCUCGAAUUUGACUUGUGUGUGACUACGUACUUCCGUACAUACAAUAUAUAGAGUAUUUCUCGACCUCGCAAUGAGUCAUACGAUAUUUUGUUUUUACCUUACUCAUUAAAUUCCGAUCUUUCCUGCUCGUUAAUUCACCGUGUUAUAUAGUCCUUGAACUAUUGGCCUUUGGUAAAGGGCUUUUCAACGGCGGGUCUUUCAUGUUGACGUACAAGAUAUACGUGUGACUAUCUGCUACUUUAAACUUCUACCUUGUACAUAAAACAGGAAAAAUCUGUGAUUUUGUUAGGGAAAAGUUGAAUUCCUCUGCAUUCAAAAAGUUGUUUUUUUAGGAAAUCAAUUACAUUUUAAUAUUGUAUUGAGACCCUUAAUAAUACGUGAAGAUAUUUAAUUUAAAGUUUAAUAGGGUGCAUGUAAAUAGUAGUCUUUAAUUAGAAUGCUCUUGUCUAAUUAGCAUUCUAAUUAGGGAGUUUAUUUAAUUGACAAUUUUUUAAUUAACACUGAUUGUUUAAUUAACAUUCUUAAUCAGGCAAAGUAUAUUUCUAAAUACUGCCAUUUUGAAAAUCCUUAGCUGUUUACAACAUGCCAAACAUGGUGGGAUUUCUCCGCAUUAUAACAAAUUUCGGUGUGACCUGAGCAAGUGUUAUUCUGGUGUCAAGAGGUGACUUGCAUUUUAUAUUUUAAUCAUAUAAGUAUUGUGAGAAAAAUCAUGCGCCUAAUUUUAGUUGGUGAUGUGACAUCUCAGUUAAUCAUUGCGUAACAUAUCAAGUGUUGAAUUACAUAUACCGGCUGUUAGAUAUUCGUUAUAUUUGCGAUGAAAUACCACCAUAUAAUUGAUAUAAAAAUUAUGAAAUUUAUCCUUGAGAGUUAAGACUAUAUAUACUCAAGGCCACCAGCAAUGCUCCAUAAUUGGCAGCAAUUCCCUAAAUGUGACAUGACAUAGCGCGAUGUAUUAUGGUUUAUGGAGUCGUACUGAGUUAAAAAUUGAAUUUGGAGACGAUCAUGAGCGUCACUUCGGUAGAAAUAGAAAACACACUAUUGGUGAUACUUGUAAACUUGAAAUAUGUAAAAAAUGAUUUAGUGAUCGGAACAUUCCAUUGUGAUGAGAAUCCCAUGUCAUCCAGACUUAUUUUAGUGCUUACACAAAGGCGCCUUGGCCCUUGUAUUAAAUCCUGCCUCAUAUGCUCAAAAUUUCUUAACCGUUUCAAAUCCAGAGUCCCAUCACUUCCCUAUCCUUUCAUGCUUUGCCUUCGCUGUUAUCAAAACUAGUCGUUUUGCAAGAUCGGAAAAUUAAGGUGUUUUCGGUAUUUGCAUCAAAAUCGCCUUUUUGCCAAUAAAACUAUGAAAAUAUAACUAUUAAUGAUUUAAGCCAUAUUCACAGCAAUAUAAGCAAUACUUGCUGAAUUUUAAACUUCGUUAUUUAAAUUGCUAGUAUUAAUUUUAUUUUUUAGGUAAACCAAAGUUCAGAUACGAACCACAGAAAAAUUACACCGCGUACUUGGGAAGCUCGGUCAAAUUAAAGUGUCCAGUUUCUGGCACGAAUGGCCCUGAACACAACAGGACGUUGGUCGCCUGGUUUAAGGAUGGGAACCUUAUUCAGAAAACUCAUGGAGAUACAUUACGAUUUUUGAUAAUGAAGGAGAAACAUCUUAAAAUUGUCAGCGUUAAGGAAAAAGAUGCUGGAAUGUAUAAAUGCACUGCGAUGAACCAAUAUGGAAGGAUUGAAUUGAUUAUUGAAUUGAAAGUUAAACGUACGUGCAAUUUUUAACUAUUCUGUAGUUCUUUGCACUAGGUAUAUUGGUCAUUCAAUUCAAUUUUUCGACAAAUUUAAAGUUAAAGUGAAGAGACUUAUUGGUGGUUUUGUUAAAUUAGCCAAUCUUGUUUUAGAGUGAAGAUAUAGCAUAAAUAUCUUAUAUAUACCUCGAUAUAUACUAGAUAGUGCAUCUAAUUAUUCUGUAAAUGUAAUUCAAAAAUUGAAGCCGUGAUUGCAGACUCAGGAUAUUCCCAUGAAAUGAGAAGAUUCUAUUUCUUAAACAGGGAGCUUAAACAUUAAGUUAGACCUAUUCCAAAUACAUUUUUAAACUAUUCAAAUGAUGAAAGUUAUUGUUGUUUUUUAAGUGUUUAUUAGCGAGUGGGAAUUACCAACAUGGCCGCCAUCUAUUCAAAUGGGGGUAACCUCUGGAAUAUUCUUGGCUUCAAUAGUUCAAUUUUACUAAAAGAGUUGCGCUAUCUAGUGUAUAUAAGAUAUCUAUGAGAUAUAGGCUGUGAGCUGCAUGAUCGAAAAAAUAUCUGAAUAAGUACUGUAGAUGGGUAACAUUUUCCAUAUUUAAAAUGAAUGAUGUCCACAUCAAUAUCUGGCUCAAACCUCAAAAUUUUGUUUUCGUAUGCUGCAGUCGACAUGAUGGGGUUACCGCGUUCAGUUCUUGCAAUUUUCCCAUUUCCCUAUAUUAACAAUCAAUUUCCAGAUGACAACCUCAAACAAAACAUACCCCAAAUACAAGCAUAUUGUGCUCUCUAGAUUCGAGUAAUGCAUGAACUGCAAGAAAGCAGUCGACUACUCCGGAGUCUUGAGUGGUCAAGAUGCUUCUAUUCUCCUAGUGCUAGUGGAUUAAACAUUGAUUUCUUUUUGUUUUUCUUUAUGAAUUGCUAAUGAGUUUUUAAUACUUUUAUUGCUUCAUUGUCUAACAUUGUAUUGAUUUUUUGUUUUUCUAGCUACUAAGAAACCCGGAAGAGGUGAGCUAAAACAUAUUAUUUUCUAGACUUUGCUUAAUUUUCUUAAUACAAGUAAUAAUACAAGAUGUUUCCACAAAUUAAUAGUACAGGAAUUUGAAUCUUUCAUGUUCUGUAGAAGCUUUUUAAAACUGUAAAGCAAAAGAUAAAUCGAAGAUAAUGUUGUACAAAACAGUAAUUUGUAAUACUUUUUUUGUGCACUAGAAACAUUUAAACUCCACAUUGACUGUGUGCUAAUCUUCAUUCAGGGAAGCCUCCAAAAUUUAAGCUAUUUCCCAAGACGAGGAAAACGUAUAAAACGGGUGAAACGGCAAAAUUGCAGUGCCACAGCACAGGAAAACCAGAUCCUAAAGUUGGAUGGUUUAAGGAUGGCAAAGCAUACGGACAAAAGAUUAGGACAAGUGUCGAAGCAGACGGGUGGACUCUGAAUUUGAGAUACUUGACUGUUUCACAAACUGGAAAUUAUACAUGUCGCGUUAGCAAUAACGUUGGCAGUAUAAAUAGAACAUUUAGGGUGAUUGUCAAAGGUAUGUUCAUGCUGAUACGAUAGUACUAUGUAGCGCUAUAAAUGCUAAUAGAAAUCAAAAUAAUAGGUUACAAGGAUGGCAUGGAGAACAGCGGGUUUUCCGAAACAUUGAAAAGACAAUGAUCAUUGAUCACUAAAUCGUGAUUGAUCACCAAAUCGUGACCAGUGAGCUCUAUAUAAUUACGUUGUCCUUUGCAAACCUUAAACUCUAAGCGCGCAAAGCACAAAGGGAGCAUCAUUUAAUCAGUUUAGAUAUCAUAUAUGGGGCCCAUUUCUUAGAGACAUGGUGAAUAUCUAAUUACGAGAACAAUUCAAUCACAAAUAGCUGCAAUAUUUAACCAUUAUACACCCUUUUCAUAAAUGGCUGCCGAUUAAAAAUUCUUUUAUGUGCAUAUAAAUUGGCCCAACUAGCCUCGCUUCUGGGUAGAAAUUCCUUUGAAAUCUUAACAUGAGUACGAGGCUAGUUGGGCCAAUUUAUAUGCACAUAAAAGAAUUUUUAAUCGGCAGCCAUUUAUGAAAAGGGUGUAUAAGCUUGAAACUUGUGCUUCCAUUAAGCUUUGCGCGCUUAGAUUUUAAGGUUUAGAGUUUUAAGGUUUGCAAAGGACGUUUUUUUUUAAUUAGCCGUAUACGGAGUAAGAACGUCGAACGUUCUUUUUCCUAUAGCAGUAUUUUAAAUUAACAAUUGUGUGAGUACAGCAGAUGAUGUGUAUUAAAUUAAAUAGAACGUUCCUAUUCAUUUGUUGGUUGGUUGGGAGAAAAUGCAUGCAAUCGACAUGUGAUAACGAAUCGAACGUUCUUUGCAUAAACCAAAACGAAAACAUUGAUAUGUUUCUAUGAUUGUAUUUCUACCGAAUUUCCAAACUUUUUUAUUCUACUGAUAUACUCUGGUCUGCAAACGGGCUGAAGAGGCUAGGCAUGCAUUUUUUUCCUUUUACAAUUCAUUUGCAUGUAUUUCCUUUCUAUUAUCCACUAGAAGACUGAAAUUUCAAUCUUUCUGAAAAUCAGUCCGUGCGAUGCACUGAAAACCCUUUGGGCCAAAAAAAAAUAUGUGGGUUUCCGGUUUCUUCUUAUAAAAACUUAGGUAGGGUAGGUCGGUUUUAACUUUUUUUCUUAAACUUGUUUUUUUAAUUUCCCGAAUAAGCGGACGCCAUUUUGUUUAGUCAGUGCUUCCACAUCCAAAGAUAGAUUUCCCUAAUAUUGCCUCAAAUUUCAAUUUUUCACAAACUUUUUCCUCUAAGUGGAAACACUUACAAGCAUGAUCCAACAAAAAAGUUUAGGGUCGGGAUUUCGACGUCCAAAAGCUAGGUAGGGUCGGGAAACCGGAAACCCACAUAUAUUUUUUUUGGCCUUGGUAAAUUUUCCUCUUCUUUCUUUUAGCCCGAUCUCUGAAGCCAAUCAUAGAAGAGCCUGUGGUGGUUAAGCGUACGGCAAGUCAAGGUCGCACGGUGAAAUUCGAUUGUAAAGUGACCAGUGUGGGGCAGGUGGUCUUCAAUUGGAAAUGGUCAGGAAAAAAGCGGAACAGCUCAAUUGAUUUGAAAACCUCGAAUCAAUUUGGUUCGAAAUACAUUGGAAAUUAUACGAAGACGCAAGUAGUCAGUAUGAAUCGGUUUUAUUUUGAUGGGUUUUUGGUAAUAAGAAAUGUGAAGAAACAGGACGAAGGAAAAUACACUUGUAUGGUCAAGAACAGUCACGGUAGUGACGAAAUGUAUUUUUAUUUACGUGUGAGAGGAAAAGCAGGUGAGAACAGUUGAUUUAACAAAACGGUUUUUUUUUAAUUUAUUAUAAGGUUUCUUUUCGGCGUCUGGUUGUACGAAGGCCGAAUAACGCUACACCGGAUGGUGAUUUUUUCAACCUUUCUAAAAAUGCAUGAAAAGUUGAGUAACUAAGGAUAUGGACCUCGCAAGGGGCUGUUCAUAUGAUCCCACUUACCGAGACGUCUCGCCUAGCGGGACGAAUAUUUCCGUGCGUUCAUAUGGAGUUUUCCAUCUCUUGCCGAGGUGAAAUUACAAUGUAGUUCUCAACCUCGUUCCCAGGGCUUCAGUGUGAGGACGAGGCGAGACACGAGGAAGCCCUGGUCCGGGCCGGUCAAUUUUGCAUUCUGAUUGGCUAACGCCAUAUUGUCUAAAAAUAACUGAACUUGACAGUUGACAAUAACAAUUCAACAUUUGUAUUUUUAUGAUUCUUGUGUGUACGAGUAUGUUUUGCAAAAUAAUCGUUCAAAGUAAGACGUUUUCCCGACUGCAUGAUUUAUUUUCGCCUCGGCCGGUUACAAAAUUCAAAAGCCGUGUCGAAGUGAGCUGUGAUGUUUCCUGACAAAACAAGAAACGUCUACUAUUAUUUAAGCUGUACUGUAGUUUUCCUCGUACAGUAUUUAUUAGUGCAGAUGUCUGAUGAAAUACUACGCGUAUUGCAUUGUAGUAAUAUUUUAAUUUACAAUAUUCUAUACUGACAAAUAAAAGCAAGACAAACAAUUAAAUGAAGCUACGAAAUUAAUUUAGGCCCUGUUUACUUAAUAGCUCUACGCCUAGGCCAAUGUAGUCUUUACAAGAUUCGCACGCCACCCAGAUUUUCAGUUUCAGAAUACCCCGAAUACUUGAAAAUUGCGACGAUACGAUAAAAAUAAAACAAAGAUUGUGAAGGGGAUAAAAUUUGUAGGCUAGCAUUGCUCCUGAACGGUAAGUGUUGGUGUCCGACGAAACAAGCGAAUCCGUAUACUCCUGUAUGGCGUAAACAGGUUACGCGAGGUUUAUAUUUGUGUUUAUUUAUAUUGAACUAAGUCGGAUCUAUAAGAGCAUAUUUAAACUAAAUAUUAAUUAUAGCAAUAGCCAUAUUCUUCAAGACGAGAGAAAGGAAAUUUCGUGUGAAUCACCACUUGCAUGGAGACACCUAGAUGCAGCUUGGAUGCACUUUGCCUGCAUGUAGUUGAAAAUCUCCAGAAAUAAUGAAAUAUCGGUAUAUCUUUGAAAACAUGGACGGGAUCUUCAUAGAUUUUAGCUGAUUCGUGCCAAACUUCGCUCUACACAUAAAUAAUAUCAAUUGAGAAGUCUUUUGGCUAUUUAUUCGUUUCGAAGAUUUGUAUAUUUCAUCAAAGAUAUCUCGCCACUCCUUGACGAGUAGCUGUCAAAUACUGCCAUUUUUUGACGUCACGUGACCGGCCUGGACCAGGGCUUCCUCGUGUCUCGCCUCGUCCUCACACUGAAGCCCUGGGAACGAGGUUGUGUAGUUCUAUAAUUAGCGCGUGCCAAACUUCAGUCAUGCAACAAAAAUAUUUAGCGAUUUUAGUGUUUUUCUUCAUUUAUUUACAAGAAAAGGCAUUGGCAUUGCUUUAGCAGCAUAUUUAAUACUUGUUUACAAAACAAACACAAAACUAAGUAAAAAGUGUUCAAUUAAACGGCAAGACUUGUUUGACUUCAUCCCGGUGAGCGAGCUGUCGUAUUCAUAUGGGAAAUUUUUCACCCCGCUUCCUAUGAUCUCGGCAAAUUCAACCGAGAUCUCGGCAAGCGAGCCGCUUCCUCAUAUGAACACAAUGCAAAAUUUUAUAGGAAAGUAACUAGGCCGCGAUAUCAUCGGUAUUAAGCGGGACGUCCCGGUAUAUGCGGGAUCAUAUGAACAGUUUAUAAAUAUUAAAGUUUAAUCUAGGUUAUACCAAUCAACGGUCAAUUUUAAGAAGUUUGAGAAAAAUAGCGCUAUUCGCUCUUGUGAAAAGAUAUUGUAAAUGAGACUCAUUUUACGCACUUAUAGCCUAAACUAUUUAUUUUUACAACAAUUUGUAUAUCACUUUGUAACUUGUAGGACAAAGUUAGACCGACAUAAAGUGUAUAUAUUGUGUUGUUCUACUUCUAACGUUUCAAUGCUACAAUUUAGACCAAGAAUUACUCACGACACCAAAAUCAACUUUCGCAGACCCUACAACACGGAAAGUUCAUACUACGGAAAGAGAAAUUUCCGUUGUGCUUGUCGCCGUGCUGGCGGCAUCAAUUAUCGCUGCUAUGAUAUUUAUUGUGGUUUUGAUCAUGUGCUGUCGAAAACAACGGAAAAAUAUGGAAAAGCAGUAUGUAAAAGAAUACCAGCUACAGGAUGUAUUUCAACCAUACGCUCAGCAGCAGAUCAGCGUUUACCAAGAAAAGCAAACAUUUGAUCACGAUGACUCCGUUUUAAAAACGAAUGGAAGCAACACGGAACCUAUAAGAGCCUUCAAGGAAGCGCGCGUAUCGUUACAGAGCUCCCAGCAUUCUUUUGGGACCCAAAGCGAUUCGAAACGGGUUCCAUCGGGUUCUAGCGAAAUGUAUCUAGCAAAUUCGCGGACAUCGCUGCAGACUACUUUGUGCAGAACGUGCCCUCGGGAAACUUCACUUGAUUAUCAAGGGAGUGCCCACCAUUCGUUACCUCGAAGAACUGAAUCAACGCCUGGGGUACAACCUGGAUCAAAGAUGGAUCGUGAAGCUGAAAGACGAAACUGGGAGAGUAAAACCUCUCUGGACGCUUCUCCGAGAAACACAAGCCCUCAACGCUCACGAGAGUCCAUUGUAUGAAGUGUGUGGAUUAGAAAUACAAUAAUAAGAAUUUAAAUUAUUUAUAACGAAUAUAUAUACAUAGACUUGACGUGCGAUCAGACAUGUUUAUUGCUGCUCCGGUUCCAAGUCUUUGAUUAGCGAUUUUACUUGUUCUCGAUCUUUUUAAACACGAGAAGAAACUGUAAUUUCUUUUAAAAUCAAACAUUGAAAACUGUAAAAAAUUCUAUCCAUAUGAGGAUUCCAAGGUUGGCGUUCCGGGUUUGUAAGAUCAAUAAACAUAUAAGUGUCAUACCUCCGAAGCAAUCGGAAUAGCAAUAAGCAUAUCUGAUAUUUUACGUAGUUUUUGACUUUGAGUGUAAUGUUCAGAAGUUUGAGUGGUGAGUUCAAUAUUGUAACAAGAGUAUGGAGUGCGUGUAACUGGCGAUCUCUACAAGUUCUCUUAAAAUUGUUAUUUAAUAUCCCAUGAUGGCUCAUGCAUGUCUUAACUGCUUCAAGUUUGUUUUCAGUUUGUUUGCACCGUUUAUAGCUUACAACUAAAAUCACUGUCAAUUUCAUUUUCAACUAUUUGCGUAAAGCAUCAAUUCCUGUGCCGAAAUUUUGUACAACUUAAUAAAAUAAACUGCGUUUCAUUUUUGAAAGUGAUAUAAAUACUCUGUAAUUGGGCUAAAAAUGGGUUGUGUACAUACAUGACUAUAACUAUGCAUAGAAAUCAAUUGACAGUGAUACAAUUUUUGUACAGAUUGCAAGUUGCUUGUGUAUAGAUGUAUAUAUAACAGAGUAUUGUGUAAAUCGUAUUUAAUAUACUAUACGUGAAAUGCAUUCAGACAAAUGAAUAAAUAAUUGAAAAAUUAAUGUUGUUGAAUGUUUAAUUCGUGGACAAUGUCAUGUCAUUUCUAUAUUUUGUAGAUGUUUUUAAU